GGGUUGUAUCUGUUUUAUCUGCAUAGAAUUUGUUGGUUCUGGCUUCGUUUUUGUCGAGGAUACAAGACUUGACUUUUGGAAAAAACAACACAAACAUUCUCAUCUCUAUGUUUGUUCAAUUAUUCGGAUUGAUGAGUGCAUUUUAUGUGCAUCUUUUAUACGCAGUUCAGUCAAAUUUCUAGUUAGUUACUUGCAAUUAUUCUACUGAGAUGUUUUGUUUAAUUAUGGAUAUCUUGUGUUCCUACAAGUUGGAUCACAUUUAUGAUUGUAUUUUGUGGCAUUGCUUGAUGAUUUUUUGGCGCAAAGACUUUAGACGCUGUCAUGCUGCUUUAAAAUUACACCAAUUGCCAUUCAAAGAAGGUUUAAAGUUCUUUUUAAAGUAAGGACCUCUAGCAGUAGGUGUGUGUAUAUAUAUAUUUAUAUUUUUUUUCCUUUGAAAAUACCGUCACAAAUACAUGUGAUGGAUUCCCGGUGAUGUUCUCAUAGACUCAUGUAGCCGACUCCAAACUUUUGGGAUAAAGGCUCGGAUGAUGAUGAUGAAAAUACCAUCAGUGUUAUGUAGGUUAAAAACUAAGAUGUUCACUGUCCCAUGUUUUUAAGGAAGUUGAGCAAAAUCUUAGAAAGGCACCUUAUUGAAGGAAUUUAUACACAUUCCAUAUGACAGAUUUUACAAUCUUCUUCAUAGGGAAACUCAUUAUCCAUUGACUUAUGCUCUUCUUAUUGAAGGAGUUUAUAUACAUUCCAUAUGACAGGAUUUUACGAUCUUCUUCAUAUGGAAACUCACUAUCCAAUUGACUUGUACUUUUCUUUUACUAAUACAUUUUUAUAUGGUAGUCUUUAUUGGGAUACCUAACAUCCAAACCAUGGUAUUCGCUUUCAAACGGAAGAAAUCAUUGAAAGUGUAUAAUUUUCUUUGGAGAUACCGAGAAGUGCGGGCGCCAGAAUUGUUGAACUUUCUAACAAGUUAUUUUGUUUAUCAUUUUGAUUUUUAGAAAUUGUUUCUGGUUCUGUCCUGUUGGUUAACAAUGAGAUCCCCAUUUUGGCUUUUAUAUGCUUACAUUAUUGUCCAAACUGCAAAUGUAGUGUGCAUGUAGUGAAUAUUUUCAUUGGUAAGUUUCUAUAUGCGUGCAUUCAAAAAGUUUCAAUAUGCAUGCAUUUUAUACAUACCAUUUUGGCAUCCCAAGGGUGUAUAAAUAUGUGAACAGUGAGGGGUCCAUUGUGGUUGAUCUUACUGCAAAUGAUGCUCGAUCAUCUACUACUGUUAGCGUCUUGGUAGUGGAUUCUGAUACUGAACGUCUUACAAUUGUCUCAGAUAUGCUUUGCAGACUUGAAUAUACAGUUAUAACUUCUAAACGUUGCUGACGCAUUGUGCGAGAGACAGAAAAUGAGCUUGAUCUUAUUCUGUGGGAGACUUUCUUACCUAAUGUGGAAAUAUAUGUAUUCUUUGAGACACUAGAACAAACGUCCAAUCUGCCAAUAGUAGUUAUGCCAGCAGAGAAUGAUAGCAAAAGCAUACGAAGAAGAUACCAUAAAGGGGCAGUGUUUUAUCUUGUGAAACCACUCAUGAUGAAUGAUGUGAAGAACCUCUGUCAGUUUGCAUAUCAAUACUAUACAUAAUGACGGAGACCUCGCAUGGUAAUCGAUUACAUGAAGAACCGAUCCCCACUCUCAAAACAGGGGUAUAAUGGAUGGUCGUGGAUUCUUCGCGAUCCAUGUAAUUGUGCUCUCAAUUUAUUCAUUGUUAUUGGGUAUGGUUAUUUGGAGGCGCUACUACAGAGGCACGUUGAAAUGACUGCCGAUGAUUUCAUAUUCCUCUAUAGCUUGCUGUCUAUUUUCCUCUCUCGAAGAGGCUCUUCAUCUGAGAUCUGCUUUAGAUAGGUAUUAUUAGAUUUCUUCUUAAGGUUGUUAAUUUCCUCAAUUUUGUUUUUCAAAAAAAAUGUCACUGUCGAUCACCUGGUGAAUUAUGUUGAACAGCUUCAGUUCCUUAUGGUUAUUGUGUUGUGUUUGGUUUUAGGGUAUUUUUUUAUAUUGAAUUAUGUUGUUGCCUGUUGGUUUAUACUAUUUUGGAGAGAUGAACUAGAGAGUGACCCGAAUUCUCCAAGCACUAUCAAGAAUUCCGGGGUGGGAUAAAAUUUCUAAUUAGUUUUUUUACCACUCACAAAUCCAAUUACAAGUUUUGACAACUAACGAAGACAUUUGCUUGCAAUUUUUCCAAAAUUAUCUGGCUUAUGCUUGUCCACUUUUAUAGCACAAGUGUUGAAGAAUGUGGAGUGGCCAGGCUAGAACAAUUUCCUUUCAAGGUCGAGGACUUCCACCGGUUUGAUGAGUAAAGGCUCAGUUUUAACUUUUUCUUUAUUGCAUUCGAUUUUGUUUUAUAUCAGACAUGAACUGGCCUCAAGAAACCAUCAAAAAAUUAUUUUUCGAAAUGCUAAUGUAUUUAGAUUUGCUCUUGGGUUCCGAGUUUAGUCUGAUCAGGACCUUCAGGUUGGGACUUGGAGCCUUAUGUAGCUUGGGAAAAGCUUCUUCAACAACAGAUAUCGUUGACAAAUGGACUUCAAUCUUUUGAGGUAAUUGUUUAAAAAAUAAUGAGACUCUUGCGUAGUGUAGAUACUAGAUACUUCUCCUUGCAUCUUACUGCUGGCAAUCUGAGUUAAGCAGACAGAUCAUCCGAGCAGGUAUUAUUUUAGAUUUUUAUCUUUUCUUUCAUCUGGUUUAUAUCACUUAUUGAGUCGUAUGAUCAUAAUAAUGAUUCUUGAUUCAAGAAAUUCAAAAUUGGAGAUUUGGAGUGUUAUGUGGGGAAAAACAAAGCUUAUCCAAAGAGAGACAGAAGUCAUGGUUUCAGACGGUGAUUUCAUAACCUCUCCUGAAGUGAGCCCAAUGAUACUUGGAGAGGGAAGGAGAGGUCGGCGGCGUAGGGACUUCCAAAGAGACAUUCUUCUAGGUAUUGCUUCCCUAUCAAGGCAUGAGGUUACACAUGACCUUUUUCAUCAUAGUUUUCAAUUUCCAUUACAUGUACAUGGUCAAGAGUCUCAAUAAUGUCAUAUAUAUUACUAUAAAAUAAAAUAUCUCCUUAACGUUAUAAGAAUCGUCACCUUGAGUUUUAUUAUUCAUUAUUCAUACGCGACGUGCGGAGCGCGGGUAUACAUCUAGGAUCAGUAAAACGGAAAGAAUGAUGCCUAUGGAAUAACUAUGCUGCUUCACUGAGGGGUCACAACAUUGUGAGUCCGAGGCUCAAGAGUCUGUUGUGACAAUGGAGAAGCAGGUUUUUGCAGCAAAAGUUUUGCUAUGUGACAGAGGAAAUGAGCAGGAAGAGAUGGAUAAAGAAGGUUGAGAGACAAUUUGGAGGUUGUGAAUCGAGUAUAAUUUGGACAGAUGAGCUGCAUGAGAAGUUCCUGCAAGCUCUAGAAGAACAGGGCAUCCAAAAACAUUCUUGAGCAUAUGAAUGUCCAAGACUGAAGAAAGAAAAGGUUUCAGCCAUUUACAGCUCUCAAAGGAACAAAGACUGUCUAAUGUGGGAGAUUCCGGCUUUAGUGUGACCUAUCACCCAAAAUUGUUCAACGAUACGAUAUGAGGACAACAUUAGGAACACUUUCUGAUGCCGCAGCUAUCAUCAGUGCUUCCACCAGCAUGACAGGAGCAAGAGGAGUUUGUUGGUAAAAGAGGAGUGUGGACACUGAAUGAAAACUGAGUGAGCCAAAACUCAGUAUUCACCAACAUGAAAUAUGAGGAGCCCUUUCCUGAUGAAAAUACUGACGAUGACGCCCCAUCACCCGUGGGUGUAAGGGUUUUGCUUGUGGAUGGUGAUUUUACAUGUCUCGCAAUUACGUCAGAAAUGCUUCACACACUGGGAUAUAAGGUAAUAACUGCCAAACGAGCUGCUGAUGCUUUGUGCAUCGUGCGAGCAAAGGAAAAUGAGCUCGACCUCAUUCUCACUGAGAGUAAAUUGCCUGAUAUGGAUAAGUAUAAGUUUCUUGAGACAAUUGAACAGAUCUCCAAUUUGCCAAUUGUCAUUAUGUCAGCUGAUAGUGGUAACAAUGCCAUAUUAGGAGGCUUCUUGAAAGGGGCAGCCUUUUAUCUUGUGAAACCACUUGUGAUGAAAGAUGUAAAAAACAUCUGGCAGUUUGCAUAUAUGAGUAAAAGAGAAAAGAAGAUGAUGGUAAAAGAAGUUGGCAGCUUCAAGUAUGACGAUGAAUCAGGUGACGAUCUUGAAUGUGUCAGGAAUACAGAAAAUCAGGAUUCUCUAUUGGGCAAACGAAAAGAGCCUGAAGAGAUGAAUAAAGAGGAUGUAGAAGAUGAUUCGGGUUUUGAGAAGAAGAAGAGGAAGUUAGUUUGGACACAUGAGCUACAUGAAAAAUUCUUGCAAGCUGUCAAAGUACUAGGUGUUGAUUAUGCUCAUCCAAAGAAAAUUGUGGAGCUUAUGAAUGUCCAAGGACUAAAGAAAGAACAAGUAUCAAGCCAUUUACAGAAAUAUCGGCUCUCAUUGAAAAAAUGGCAUCAUGCUAAACAAAACACCAUGAGGGUUGAUUCUGCUGAAUCAAGUUCAUCGCGUUAUCCUUUAUCAACAAGCAAUCUUCAAGGUGGAUUCUUAAAAUUAUUUAAGCCACAAUGCAGGACACCAACAUAUCAACCAGAAUUCAGAAGUUAUUUUCAGGAGAAUAUCAAAGCUCCAAUGUCUAUACCUUCUCAUGGUUCCAUCUGUCUCUCCAACCGUGUGGGCCCAAACCCUAAUUGGGUGUCAAAUUUUAUUUAUGGACAGUCAACUCUACAAAACCGUCAACCACAUAUUUCUCGUCCCCAUCAGUUUGAAUUUGAGAUUGCUGCUACAGGGGAGUCAUCUGGCUUUGACCAAAUGGGAAAUUAUAUUUCUGAAGAAUUUCUCAAGGGAUCAAUGCCACUAUGUAACGUGGGCAGUUUCUCAAGUGCUACCGAUCGCCCGACAUUGUUUAACAAUCAACAGGGACAAUUUCUCUCGCAACAAUCAUCAUCAGUGCUGCCACCACAACCACAGGAACAAGAGGAAUUCAAGGGUCAUAGAAGGGAAGUUGAUGAGUUGCUAGGGCUAGUGAACGAGUCUUCCUUAUUUUCACUUGAUGGGGAUUUAAUUAAUCUCUAGUAAAGGGUGGAGUAAAGUCUUAUUUUGCUCACUAAAUGAGAAGCCUCUUUUCAACUCAAAAUGGUCACUCACAGAUGGAAAAAUUUUCAAGGUCACUCCGACACCGGAGUAAUCCAUGUAACACCAGAGUGAUGACGUGACAUUUUUUAUUAUUUAUUGUGCAUAUGAGAUGGGAUCUUUAAAACAGGGGAUGAUUGUAAAAAAUGCACAAUAAAUAAUAAAAAUGCCACGUCAUCAAUCUGGUGUCAUGUAUUACUCUGGUGUCGGAGUGACCAUUUUUGAGAAAUUUGAAACAAUAGUGAUUGAGUAGAAAAGAGGCUCAUCUUCCAGGGGGACCAAAAUAAGACUUUACUCGUAAAUGGUGAAUCCGCAUAUUGGUAGUGAAGUCACCAAUUCAGGUCUUAAAAAUUGUAUUAUCUGCUGUUGUUUCUUUUUCACCAAUUCAGGUCUUAAAAAUUAUAUCAUCUGUGGUUUUUUUGUAUGCAUGGAAGGACUCAUUUGGUUGCAUUCACCAUUGGUUGAUAAUUUACUAUAUAUAUUUGCUUUUAAUUUUUAUAUUGUG